AUGCAGUCCUGUCUCGGAGCGCGUUUGUUAUACGGCCUGAGGGGGCGGCCUUCUUGGUGGAAUGCUAUCCGCUGCUUACAAGCGUCAUUCCUGCCUUCUUCUUGUGGUGGUGUGCCUGGGGGGAUAUCUGUGGCUUGCCUGCGUACUGGAUUGUCGGAGGGGCGCUUGCGUGCAAACUUGGGCACUACAUCAUCAUCAUCAUCAUCACCAUCAUCAUCGUCAUCAUCACCAUCAUCAUCAGCAGCAGCAUCAGCAUCAUCAUCAGCAGCAUCAUCAUCAUCAUCAUCAUCACGGAUCAAUCCUUGUCAUGGAUAUUCCUGUAUAGAUGCCGUGACGAGCAGUGGAUUUGGUGGUGACAGUCCUCGAAUUGAUUAUCGGUUGGUCUCUAGCAGCACUUGCCAUCGUGCGAAUACUUCCUGCUCGAGUGCUUUUUCUUCAUCCCCCCAUACGCCUGUUUCGUGUAUGAGGGUGAUUUCGGGUUUUUCGUCUACUUUGCCAGGUUUGUUAUUGAGUGGGAGAAUUGUUUCUGAUUUGCAUGGUGGAUAUGUUGCUGGUAAAAUGGGCGGUGUAUCUAGUCUAUUAUAUUUGGAUUGUAUGCGUCAAAGUGUGCGGUUUAAGAUGGUGAAAGUUUCAGCUUAUCGCCGCCGCAGCCGCGCCUCUCCUACGGGUCAGAGCCAGAAGGCGCACUUGGGAGUAUGCCGAUUAUCUGCCGAGUAUGUAACCCCUGGGUGUCUAUUGGUGAGGCAGCGUCGUUAUAUUGCAUGGGGUUUUGAGAAUAAGCGACGCAAGAGGCAUCAGAAGUUCUACCCAGGUGAGAAUGUAGGGGUAUCAAAGAAUUCCUCUUUAGUAGCUCUUGUCCAUGGCCGCGUUAAGUAUACCCAUGACGUCUCUCGCGAUAUAAUGCUAUGUAAUGUGCUGCCUGAGCCAAGAGAAGAGCUGCUGCGAGAAGACUUAUGGAGAUAUCGUACUGAACAUGUUCUCAGCAAAGAAGAAAAUCGGUUUCUAUGUCACCGACGUAGGAAGGGGAUUCCUUCCUUCCCCAGGCCACCCAUUAAUCCCCCAACUAAGCCCUUACCGAGACCUGACUUUCUUAGCGACAAAGAUAUGUGGCAAUAUCCUACCCUUAGAGAUGCUCCUCCUCUUGAUGAGGAUAGAUAG